AUGCCAUUCCAAGACUACUUCCAGAAGAAAAAAGCAGCUUUCGUAAACAGAAAUAAUAAAAAUAGCGCAGAUACGUCAGCACCACGAAAUAGUAGUUCCAGUAUAAAUAUAAGCACCGCCACUAAAUAUAAGAACUAUGUGUUCCCGCUAACAAAACUCCCCGAUGAGCUCAUGCAAGAGGUGUUUUCUCACUUGCCGCAACCGGACCGCUUGCAGCUCUGUCUCGUGAACAAAAGACUAAAUAAGAUCGCCACCAAACUGCUUUAUAGAAGAAUUUACUUGAAUGACUCAAACGUGGUGAAGAGCGACUUCAUGCAUCUGGCUAUUAACUGGACCCUACUGAAUUUGCCAUCUUCUUUGAAAGAAGAGGAGUCCCGCAAUAUCGCCAACUACAAACUGAAAAAACUUAUAGAAACAUUGCAAAAUAACAUUCGCAUCACACAGUCCAUUCAGUGGAUAAGGAUCAACUGGGAUUUGGACUCCGUUCUGCAACGGUCCAUCCUCAACAUCCUCUGCAACCAGGGCAAAUCUCUGCAAAGGCUAGAAAACGUCACAGACCCGACUUGCAAUGACAUCAUCUCCAAUGGCCACUUUUCCAAGUUUAAUGUGUCGAGUUUUGACAUGGCCCCCCCAAAUUCAUUGCCUGAAAUGGUGGUCCCCGAAAAUUACAUUCCAAACCUCACCAGAUACCUGUCACAACGUAUUUCCUCUCGCCUCUCUCACAUGACCCUAUUUAUCGACCCUUUAAAAUUGUUCAAUUAUCUUUACCCGCUAGACAUCAAGUUGCAAAUCAUCGAUCUGAAGUUGCAUUGGAGAAGAGAGUUUUACAACAACGGUUAUUUUGUUAACAAGGUACGGCCCGGUAACCCGUUGGCCAAACUGUCAGAAGUGUUUGACAAGAGAAGCUUGAAAAUCCUUACCAUCAUCUCCUGGAAUGAUACUCUUCUGAAACGCGAGACCGAGAUGCUCAAGGAUUUCAAAGAAUUUGAACAUCUGGAAGACUUGUCUUUGAUCUCCAUUAAACAGGAUGUUCACAUUCUCGUAGAUCUUUUCAGUUCGUUAACCAAUUUGAAAAGGCUGAAAAUGGACUUCCUGGAGGACUAUAUACCUGAACCCACGAGUCCUCACAUUUUCCUAUCAAUUUUAUUAGCUUGCUCCAAGUUGCAAUUCAUAGAUUUAAGGUAUGACGGCCUUAUCCCACAAAUCAUCAAUAUCCAAGAAAAUAAGUUCCAAUUGAAUCAGCAGUGCAACUGUACAAACUGCCAAAUAGUGUUCAGCGACAUUCUCAAGGGCAAAAUAUUCAUGUUCCCUGAAGACUACUACAUUCACGAUAUCCACGACAUUGCAGCAAAGGACGUUUUCAAAAUGAUGAAAUACUUGUCCUUGUUACCGUACUCAAAGGCAUGUGAUGCUUACCCAAGCGUGAGAACACAACCAAUGAACCUGACCAACUUUGUCACUAAGAUGAAUCUCAACCUUUUGAAAUACAGGAGCUCUAAAUCCCAGCUCGUGCCUAAAAUAGUUAAUAAUCCGCAUCAGCAUUCCACCGUGACUUCGACGUCCACUGCACACAUGGGCGAUCCUGAAAUGAUAAUAAUCGAUGACAACAACGAUGAUGACAUCAACAUGGACCUUCCUCCGGAUAGUGGCGACACUGCCACCACCAUUUCCGAUGACAUGGAACUCCCCCACGAAUCACUGACCAAAAGGGAUGUCAUUAUGUGUUAUCACGCUCUAAUUCAUCACUUCAAGUCGAUCUACGUCACUUUUUUGAAAAGUUUUCCUCAUCUGAGGUUUUUGAUGUUGAAUGAUAUCCCCACAAUAGUCAUGGAGGAAAAUAACGAACGUAUUUUUGAGCCGGUCUUUUACCAUUACGAUUAUAAGAGUAAUUUGCAUGGAUGGUCCAAAGAAUCAAACAAGAACUUGGAUAAUGAUAACAACAAUAAUAAUCUUGAUACCGUUGCAAGAAUAGCCACUGUCAUGUAA